AGGUACUGUUAUGCUCUGCCAGGUGGUGCCUCUGGCUGCCCACUUGACAGACCUACCCAAAGCGUGGAGUCUAAGUCCCGGUCUGUGCUUUCACCAGGGCCCCUGAUGGAUGGUGGGGAUGGACUUGUAACAGACCAGGACCAGGUCACGACCUCUGAGCAGGCCCACCAGUGGCAGAGGGAACCUCCGGGGAUGUUUAGGUACCGGGAGAGCCAGAUGUGAGGAGGCCGGCAGGACCUAGCAGGAUGGAUCAAUAGCAGUGGUCCUGUGGGGUAAGCGAGGUACAGAAUCGGCAGGCGGAGAGUAGUCAGGUCACACACAGGGUCAAACAAGCCGGGGGUCAGGAGAGGAGAAGGCAGAGUAGUCAGGGCAAUCCGGGUCAAACACAGGAGA